AUGCCUGCAAGACGACCCACGUCGACCAGGGAGCCACGGCACGACUCGGGUGCCCGAGGAUGGAGCAACAUGUGGGCAUUCCUGCCAGGCAUGCUGUUGGGGUUCAAGUCCGCCAGGCUGGAGGCAAAGUACUGCGAGGGGCGAACGAGGGAGUACUUCUUUCGCGUGGACCAGUGGGCGACGCUGUUCCGGGCCGGCGUGCCGCUGCUGCUGGCCUUCCGUGGGGCCACGAAUUUUGAAGGUGAAGGCCCUGGGCUGCAUCAGAGGAUAAUUGUGGCGGGAGCGGCGGCCUUCAUGUUGUUCGUGGGGUGGAUGGCGUACAGUCAAGGGGAGUGGGCCGUGAGGCUCAGGGAGCCGCUGGCGGUGUUCUUGAGAGUCACCGUAAUCCCCUUAACGGUCAUCACCUCCUUCCAAGACACCAUGAGGCUGUCCUCACCUCCCAACUGGAUCAACUUCCUCUUGUGCAGCUGGCUGGUCACCGGCUUGUCGGUAGCUUCCACCUUCCCCGUUGCCAUGCCGAUGCACUUCAAGCACCACGUUCCAGUCACCUUCGCCUUCGUGUGGCUGAUGCUGACCUUUCAGGUGUCGCAGUUCUGUCAGGUUGUGGAGGGGCGGAGCGACAUGCACGACUACGUGCUGGGCAGCUGGAGGGCUUUGUCGGCCAGGGCAUGGAACAUCCUGAGCGCGGUGUACAUUAUGGACGCCCAUGACGCCACGCAGCCGCCCAUAUACUCCGCCUGCAACCACCUUUACACAUUUUUGCUCCUGUACUUUGGCUUAGCACUGCCGACAUACGGCGUGUGGGCGCUAGAGCGCCAGUCCCGCGCAUUUUUUCUGUCUGAGCAGAGGCAGGAAGGCACGCUGACCAAGGCAGAAAGUCAACGGGAAAGUCAACAACUGUCGUUGACCCGGGCGGCCGUCCUCAUGCACUGCGGGCUGCUAGCAGUGCUGUAUGCGGUGGGCUGGGAGGCCACGGCGUGGUGGCUCGUGGGCGGGGUGGAGCAGAGAUUAGUAAGCCACUGGGAGGUUUAG